AUGUGUUCAUUUAAUUUAAACAGAUAUUUGUCCACGGGAACUAAUUUUGCAGCAUUACACUUCGAUCUCUCCAUCGGAAAAAGUACAAUUAAUGGAAUAGUAAAAGAAACAUGUAAAAUAUUAUGGUCAAUGCUAUUAGAAGCCGAAAUGCCACAACCUACAAUAGAAACCUGGUUACAAAUAUCCGAUUUUUUUUAUAAAAAAACCAACUUCCCAAAUUGUCUUGGUGCUAUAAAUGGCAAGCACAUCAGGUGCAAAAACCCAAACCACGCAGGUUCGCUGUAUUUUAAUUAUAAAAAAUAUUUUUCUAUUGUGUUGAUAGCUGUAGUAGACGCCAAUAUAAAUUUUAUUUCAAUUGAUGUUGGUGCCUAUGGAAAGGAGGCUGAUCCAAGUGUGUUUCGGGAAAGUGUAUUUGGACAAAAAUUGUAUUCAAAUUUACUUCAAAUUCCUGAACCCAGAGCAUUGCCAUCUUCCGAAAAUAAUAUACAACUUUUUGUAUUCGUUGCUGAUGAAACUUUUGGCCUUCGUGCAAACGUAAUGCGACCUUUUCAAGGUCGUGGUCUCAAUGACACUAGGCGUAUAUUUAAUUACCGAUUAUCUAGAGCAAGAAGAACAGUUGAAUGUGCGUUUGGGGUACUUGCAAAUAAAUGGCGAAUAUUACAUACUGCCAUUUUGGUUGAACCAGAAUUUUGUGACGAUAUUGUGAAGGCAUGCUGCAUUUUCCAUAAUUUCGUAAGAAAAAGAGAUGGGUGUAAUUAUGAAGAGACUGAAGAGAAUUUCAAUGUUCAAUUAAAUAAUUUGCAGUUUUAUGGAAGAAAUGUUACUUCUGGAGGCAUAGAAACAAGGGAUAAUUAUGCUGACUAUUUUGUUACUGAAGGGGCGGUAUCAUGUUCAACCAUUCGGGGUACAAACACUCUGCCACUUAACGCCAACGUGAUCUUUUUAAAUCCCUAUCAUUGUACAAAGGAGAACUCAUGUCCCAGAGGCAUGGGAAGUUUCGAACCUCCAAAAUUAAUUUUUCCGUAUCAAACAUAA